AGUUGUAGAACUCUGGACUCAGGAAAACUCUUGACCAUGAGGUUGAUCCUGGUUUUGAGUGCCCUUUUGGGCCUUGUCUACUGCAGAGAAACAUUCGUGGGAGACCAAGUUCUUGAGGUCACUCCCAAGAAUGAAGAUCAAAUUAAGAAUCUGUUGGAACUGGAGGCUGAAGAGGACCUUCAGCUUGAUUUCUGGAAGUCACCCACCACCUCAGGGGAGACUGUCCACGUCCGAGUUCCCUUUGUCAGCCUCCAGGCAGUCAAAGUUUUCUUGGAGCUUCAGGGAAUUGAUUAUUCCAUCAUGAUUGAAGAUGUUCAGGCUCUUCUGGAUGAAGAGAAAGAAGAAAUGCUGUUGAAUCAGAGGGAACGAAAUGGAAACUUCAACUUCGAGACUUACCAUACUUUGGACGAGAUUUACCAAGAAAUGGACCACAUCGUGGCCGAGCACCCCGGUCUAGUGAGCAAAGUGAAUAUUGGCCAUUCUUUCGAAAAGCGGCCCAUGAACGUGCUCAAGUUCAGCACCGGAGGAAACAAGCCCGCCAUCUGGCUCGACGCCGGGAUCCACGCUCGAGAGUGGGUUACCCAGGCCACUGCACUGUGGACAGCCAAUAAGAUUGCCACUGAGUAUGGAAAGGACGCCUUCAUCACUUCCCUGUUGGACCAGAUGGAUCUCUUCCUGCUCCCCGUCACAAACCCCGAUGGAUAUGUGUUCUCUCACACCAGCAACCGAAUGUGGCGCAAGACCCGAUCCAGGGUGGCCGGAAGGGCCUGUGUUGGUGUUGACCCUAAUCGGAACUGGGACGCAGGCUUUGCCGGACCCGGAGCCAGCAACAAACCUUGCUCUGACUCCUACCACGGACCCAGCGCCAACUCUGAAGUGGAAGUGAAAUCCAUCGUGGACUUCAUCAAGAGCCAUGGAAACUUCAAGGCCUUCAUUACCAUCCACAGCUACUCCCAGCUGCUGAUGUUCCCCUAUGGCUAUAAAUGUAGCAAGUCAGACACAUUCGAUGAGCUGAAUCAAGUGGCUCAGCAGGCUGCCAAAGCCGUGGAAAGUCUGUAUGGCACCAAGUACAGGGUGGGACCUAUCUGCUCCGUCAUCUAUCAGGCUAGCGGAGGAAGCAUUGACUGGGCCUACGACUACGGCAUCAGAUACUCUUUUGCCUUUGAGCUGAGAGACACCGGCAGAUACGGCUUCCUCCUGCCUGCCAAACAGAUCCUGCCCACCGCCCAGGAGACCUGGCUGGGCCUGCAGAGCAUCAUGGAGUACGUGCGGGACCACCCCUAUUAG